UCAAAUUGCAAAAACUGUGGAGGAGGUUGUCAAAAGGCAACAAAGUUCAAGAAGAAGAAGAAGACUUGAUUUGUGUGGAAAAAAUUUUCUGCGUAUUUUCUUUUAAUUUUCUCGUGGAAAAAUUCGUGAAAACUGAAUUAUUUUUCACAAAAGUGUUGCAGGAAAUUGCAAAAAAGCGAUAAAAUGCUCGCGGUGGGUGAUACACAAGCGGGAAUUCCGGCAUUUCUCGUGAAACUCUGGCGCCUGGUUGAGGAUCCCACGACAAAUCAAUUGAUUUCAUGGAGACCGGAUGGCCUGAGUUUCGUGAUAAAGAAUCAAUCAAAAUUCUCAAGUGAACUCCUACCACUUAACUACAAGCACAACAACAUGGCUAGUUUCAUACGACAACUCAAUAUGUAUGGUUUUCACAAAGUCGCCUCCAUUGAGAAUGGGGGGCUACGCUUCAAUAAGGACGAAAUGGAAUUUUCCCAUCCGGACUUUCGUCGUGGCGAAUAUCAAUUGCUGAACAACAUCAAGAGGAAGAUUGCAACAGCAAAGGCAACUGCAGUGGAUACAAAGAAACCCACGUCUGAUUCACUAAAUCGUGUCUUUUCGGAAGUUAAGGCCAUUCGCGGGAAGCAGGAUUCCCUCGAUUCGCGUUUCUCGACGAUGAAGCAGGAAAAUGAGGCGCUGUGGCGGGAAUUGGUUGUUCUGCGACAGAGACACAAUAAACAGCAACAGAUUGUCAACAAGCUCAUCCAAUUCCUCGUGACACUUGUCCACCCAACGCGAACUGGAUUGAAAAAUAUGAAUGGCGUGAAGAGACGCUAUCCGUUGAUGAUUAGUGAUGAAGGUGGUGAGACAGAGAGUGCCCAAGAGAAAUAUGGGCCUGUAAUUCAGGAAUAUUUCGAUGAGGACAGCAUUGAUAAGUUUAUUGAUAAUGCAGCAGCUGCUGAGGAGGCUAUUGAUGCCCCAGAGGAGAUUGAUGAAGAUGAUACGGUAGCAGCGGCGGCGGCGGCGGGAGAUUUUGUAGCCAACACUGAGGAUUUCCAUGUUGACGUGAGUCGUGUAAUUGAGGAGCGUGAGCAGGAGUCAGCAGCAACAGGAGCUACGUCCACAGCGAGUGAGGAUAAUCUCAAGCUUCUCCCGGUGCAUGUUGCAAAGAAACCAAAGCUCUCACUCAAUGCAGCCCUUCCGGAUUUAACGACAAAUCCCGUUGAGGUGGAUUUGAGUCUCCUCAAUACGCCCAUUGUGGAAUCCCCGAAGACGGAUAAAACACUCACGUGGUAUGGGAAACAGGAUGAUUUUAUUGUUGACACCAUUCCCGAGGAUUUAUUGGCGAAUCCCUUUGAGGACGUCACAGCGGGUACAUCGCAGACUAAUCACCAAUGGGCUGCUCCUGGAGAGAACAAUCAGGGAAAUAAUCUUGCAUUGGCGAAGAUUAACAUUAAGAAUUCCUCUGUUGAUACGGAUAUCUUCAAUCUCAACACACCAACGAGUUUUCUUCACAGGGAACAGUUUGAUUGUCAUCUCGAGAAUGUCCAGCAGGAUCUUGAUAGUUUGCAGGAGAUGCUAAGUGGUGAAGGGUACGCGUUGGAUGUGAAUCCACUUGAUGGGUUAUUUGGGGACUCAUCGGAUUUACUUGGAUUGGAAGCAGCAACAACAGCUGGCAGUAGCGAUGCUGCAGACAAAGAAGUUCAACCAAUUGGAGCAAAAUAAAGGGAAUGGAACGAUGUGUGGUCACAGCAAGAAAAACAACAAAUAAGCAGUUUAAAAAAAAUAUAUUUUUAAAAAAUAAUAAACUUUUUCACGGCAAAUGGACCUCAAUUCUGUAAGUGAUGACCAAUUUCUUCUAUUCCUUUAUUUUCCAAUUUACUUGAUGGCACUAAUUUGGCCAAUUUGGCAUUAAAGAAAAACUAAUAUUUAGGGAUUUGUUAGUUAUUUUAUUUAUACUUAAAAAGAAACAUAAUAAUUUGUUUAAGAAUUUUGAAAUACUUUUUCAUUAAAAUUUAACACAUCCAGGACGGCUUGACGCACAUCGGCGUCCACUGACAGUUCUCAAUUCUAUACGCUGUAACAAUUUGCCACUCUUUUUGCGUUUGACAUUUACCCGGUAGGAAAACUUCUCCAACAUUUUUUCAGCCAAUUUUGAUUGCUGACUCGUGAGGUGUUCAUAUAUGAUUAAUAAUUUUUUUUUAUUAAAUUUUUGAAAUGAUUUGGAAUCAAUUUGAAAUGAUUUGAGAUUGAUAGUGACAAGAAAAUGGAAUAUCUAGAAUAUUCUAUUCUAUUAAUCUUGAUAUUGACAAUAGAACGAAUAGAACAUUCUUUUAGAUACUACUAGUCAACCCGAGCCCCCAAUCACGUGUGAGCAAACUCCAUUUUAAACUAUAAAAUGGGGGCGUAUAUUAGUAGGGGGGAUGAAUAAUACGGUACCCCGAAAAAUUUUUAAAAUAAAAAAUUCCCGUUAUCUGACCCUUCAGCAGGUAGAAAAUAGAAAAAAUCAAUUUUUCUGUGGGGGCGCUAUAAAGGGGGGAGGGGGCGGAAUCCCAUAUAGCGCUUGCAACUCGUAUUGACCCCCUCUACCCCCAUACCAAAUUUCAUCAAGAUCGGCCCAGCCGUUUAGGAGGAGUUCAUGUGCCACAAACAGACAGACUUUUCAGCUUUAUAUAUUAAGAUUAUCCUAUAAAGAAAAAAUAUGAAAAAUAUCAUGUCAGGAGAAAUAAAAUUUUCAAAAAUUAAAAAAAAAACAAGAAAUAAGUAGAAGGAUAUUUAGAAUAUUCUAGUUUUUUUAAUUGCUCUGUCACAGAGAAGAUUUUAGCUAAAUACAUGUAUUAUGAAGUUUUCAGAAUUUUUAGAACAAAAAAAUCAACCUGCUCGUUCACGUUAUCAUUACCAUUUAUUUUUAAUAUAAAAUAAUGUAAAUGCUAGAAAAUUCUCAAAAUGGUUCAGAACGGAUGGCGAAGCAUUUUUUUUUUUGACAUAUCUGGCAUAUUUUCGCGUUUCAACAUAACCUAAUUUUUAAUCUGGUGCCUGAAAAAAGUGAGAAUUAUGGAAUAAAUUAGCAAAGAAAAGCUUCCAGAAGUUUCCCUUUAGGCUAUAAAAUAAUGUUCUAGCUGAAAAUUUACAUUUAAAUUUAAUUUUAAGUGUUUUGUAUCGGAAAAUCUUCAUCGCUUAAAACUUUUGGUGAGUUAGGUUAUAUAUUUUGCGAAAAGAAAAUUUUCCUUUUAUAUAACCUCAAUUUAAUUUUUGUGGUAAAAAAAAUGCUACAUAAUGUUUAAUAGAAUAAAGGAAACUCGUCUGAGAGAUUUUCACUGAAAUUAUCCCAUAAAUCUGACUUUUUCCCACUUAAAUAUAAAAGUGCGGUUAUGUUGGAAUGAGAAAAAAAUGCCAAAUAUGUCCAAAAAAUUCUCUUCACCAAUAUCAUACCAUUUAAACUAUUCCUCUGACUGUUCUGUGAGCUUGAAUUUGAUGUUCAACAUACAACAGUUAGUGAAAUCUUAAAGAAAGAUUUUUGAAAUUUAAAUUGUAUUUUAAUUUGAAUAUUAUUCUUUUUUUAUUGUUUUGUUUUCGAUUAUUUUAUAUUAAAAGAAUAUUUGUGUUUCACUUAAGUGAGUAUUCUCUCAAAUAAAUAUUUUCUGAUAACGUGCGAAGAACAUAAGCACACUAUGGUCCCACCGGGUAACAUUUCUGGACGCCAGUGACUAAUUGUUACAUGUCGCGUAAAAAACCUUUGGGAAGUAUUUUACCCGUCGUCAGUGUGUUAAAUAAAAUCUUGAAUUUAAUAAUAAAAAACUAUCAAAUAGGAUUAUUUUUUUUAGUUAGUGGUUGAUGUUAAUAUGUGUUUAUAUUUUUACAAUGAAAAAAUAAUUAAUUACACCGGAGGAAAUAGAUUAGUUUGUUUUCUUUUUUUUUUUUAAUUUAAUUUAAAUAUUAGAAAGAUAAGAAAAAAAUUGAGGUGCGAUACAUUUAAUAGUUAUGGCUGAAAAUUAAUGAGGAAAAUGAUUAAUUUCCUCGAGUCAUUGUGGCAAAUUAAACCCAGUUUUACGGAAAUUGUUUAGAGAGAUUUUUUUCAAAAUCAAUAUCGGACAUGGAGGGUUGUUUAUCUGAAAAAUAAUUUCACUGUUAGUGCGAAUUUUUCUGAAUUUUCGGAAUAUUUCUGAAUAUUUUGCAAUGGAUUUUUUUAAUACUUCUCGGACCACUAAAUUCCCAUAAAAGUUUAAAAUUUACACGCAAAAAUGUUAUUUUUCUACGCCGUAAUAAAUUAUGACACGUUUGUCAUUUGACAAUUACCCGGCUGGCAAGUAUUGAGUAACUUUUCAAUGGAUGAAUUUUUUUACAAUUGAAAUGAUCCGAAGAAUUGGAGUAAAAAAUGUCGUAAAAGAUAAAAAAAAAGUGUUUCGUGGAACACGAGAAACUAUAAAUAAUUCCACAGAACGUGUAAAAUAAAUGAAACUAAAUGAACUACAAAGGAAAAACAUACUAAAAAAAAAAUUCUGUAAACCUUUAGAAAUUCUUAACUUAUUUUGCAGAACACAAGAAACCCAAAAAAGGCCAAAAAACGUUGAAAAACUCGAAAUUAGUUCCGUAAAUCAAAACUCUUUAUGAUAGAAUGUUUAAAACUUAAAAAAUAUCCCUUAAAAUGUAAAACAAUUAAAAAUAUUGUUUCGUAAUAAGAAAAAAAUUACGCAAAACACACGAAACUUGAUGAAUCCGAAAUUUAAAAAAACGAAACUUUGGUUAACUUUAACUGUUUUACGUGUUUCGAAACUCUUUAAUUUUUAAUCAUUCGCUCGCUUUGUGUUAAUUAGUUCUAGUUUUUAGAUCCCACGAAACUAGUUUCGGAUUAUUUAUGUUGAAAGGAUAUUUUUACAUUAUGUAGUUUCAUUUCUCAAGUUCAGCGAAACUUGUUUCUGACUUUUUUACGCUGUACUUUUUUUUUACCGUUUUGCACUUAUAUUAACUAUGGUUCACAUGGUAAGCGUAAUUUAUUUCCAUUUUUUAAAAUCCCGGUUUUUUUCUAAGGUAGUGGAAACUUUUUACCCAAAGAAACUUUCCAGAGCUUUCGGCUCCGCUCGGAGCCUUCUUUAGAGGUCGAUCGUGGGGAAAAAGGCUGAUGCACGUUGGGAAAAACUACUUAGUAAUUAAUUUCGCAUUAGCAAUGGUCUAGCCGGGUAAACUUUUCGAGCGUAAUAAAAUAUUUUUUACACUUGGCGUAAUAAAAUUAAUUUUCGAUUCUGCUAAACUUUUACGUCUAAACAAAUACUGAGAAAAAUAUUUCAAUGCCGAAUAAUCAUUAAUUGACUCCGAAUAAUUGCAAAUUUAUUCCGAAUAAUUCCAGAAAAACCGAAUAUUUGAAUACUUUUUAGAUAAACACCCCUUGAAAAAUCUGUAUAUCCUUUUUAUUGAAAGAAAUUUUAUAAAAAUGAUCAAUAAGAGCAUCAGAAAACUUUAGACCAUCAAGAGUUUAUCAGAAAAACAAAAUCAUUUAAUUACGAAGGUUCCUCACAAAACAGACUUGAGGUAAAUCACUUUUUUUCACUGAAUUAUGGAGGUAAAUGGAACCAAAAAAAAAACAAUUUGUAAAAACAAGAGCUUGAGAAUCUCUGUGGAAGCAAAAUCCUGGACAUUUUCUGUAGCCAGCUUUUUUCUCUCUCUCUCUGUAAAAGGCAAUAAAAUGUAUGUUUGAAGAGGAAAAAAAA